AUGUCGAUGAGUCCAAAGCACACGACUCCGUUCUCAGUGUCUGACAUCUUGAGUCCCCUGGAGGAAAGCUACAAGAAAGUGGGCAUGGAGGGCGGCGGCCUCGGCGCUCCGCUGGCGGCUUACAGGCAGGGCCAGGCGGCGCCUCCGGCCGCGGCCAUGCAGCAGCACGCGGUGGGGCACCACGGCGCCGUCACCGCCGCCUACCACAUGACUGCGGCGGGGGUGCCCCAGCUGUCGCACUCCGCCGUGGGGGGCUACUGCAACGGCAACCUGGGCAACAUGAGCGAGCUGCCGCCGUACCAGGACACCAUGCGCAACACCGCCUCGGGCCCCGGAUGGUACGGCGCCAACCCAGACCCGCGCUUCCCCGCCAUCUCCCGCUUCAUGGGCCCGGCGAGCGGCAUGAACAUGAGCGGCAUGGGCGGCCUGGGCUCACUGGGGGACGUGAGCAAGAACAUGGCCCCGCUGCCAAGCGCACCGCGCCGCAAGCGCAGGGUGCUCUUCUCCCAGGCGCAAGUGUACGAGCUGGAACGACGCUUCAAGCAGCAGAAAUACCUGUCGGCUCCGGAGCGCGAGCACCUGGCCAGCAUGAUCCACCUGACACCCACGCAGGUCAAGAUCUGGUUCCAGAACCACCGCUACAAGAUGAAGCGCCAGGCCAAGGACAAGGCGGCGCAGCAGCAGCUGCAGCAGGACAGCGGCGGCGGCGGCGGGGGCGCCGGGUGCCCACAGCAGCAGCAAGCGCAGCAGCAGUCGCCGCGCCGCGUGGCGGUGCCGGUCCUCGUGAAAGACGGCAAACCCUGCCAGGCAGGCGCCCCGGCGACGGGCGCGGCCAGCCUGCAAGGCCACGCACAGCAGCAGGCGCAGCAGCAGGCGCAGGCCGCCCAGGCGGCGGCGGCGGCGAUCUCAGUGGGCAGCGGCGGCCCCGGCCUGGGUGCGCACCCGGGCCACCAGCCGGGCAGCGCGGGCCAGUCUCCGGACCUGGCGCACCACGCCACCAGCCCCGCGGCGUUGCAGGGCCAGGUCUCCAGCCUGUCCCACCUGAACUCCUCGGGCUCGGACUAUGGCACCAUGUCCUGCUCCACCUUGCUAUAUGGUCGGACCUGGUGAGAGGACUCUAGGCCGCGCCUAGCCCAGCACACAGCCUCAUUGCUUCCCCUCCUGCCCGCCAUACACACCAAGCACCCGGCUCUCCUAGCCUAGCGCUUCGGCUUUUCUAAAGAACCUGUCCGGUUUAGACCAAGGGAAAAAACACAAAGACCAAACUGCUGGAUGUCUUUCUCCUCUCUCUCUCUCUCUCUCUCUCUCUCUCUCUCUCUCUCAAAUUUGUGGGAUUUUUUUUAAAAAAAGAAAAUAAAAAUAACCAAGGGAAUCCAAUCCUUUAAGGAACCUUUAAACAGAGAAGGACAUAACAAGAACAACUUUCCAGGUGUCUUUUAGGUGGUUCAAAUGGUUUCCCACGCACGGGCGGGGCAUCCUCUAUGCUGACAUGGCUCCGGACUCUAAGGAUCACAAACUUCACUCUUGGUUCACUGUGCCAGCCAGCAUAGUGGACUCACUUGUAAAUACCAAGAUUUCUUUGAAGGGGAGAUGGGGGCUGGGGAGAGGAAGGACACUUCCACAGAACCCACUUGUCACUGACACAAAGGAAAUGCCCCCUCCCGAAACCUUCCGCUGCCGGGCUCAGCCCGCUGGCCCUGGCGAACUGUUUCAUGUUUGAUGUGAACCUGUAGCUGUAAAAUGCUGUCAAAAGUUGGACUAAAUGACUAGUUUUUAGUACUAUGUACAUUUUACUGUAAAAAAACAAAACUAAACAAAACAGUCCCGGUCCCAUCCCCAGCCCAUCAUUUUUUUUAUGGGCACUGACAAAUCUGUGUAUAUUAUUUGGCAGUUUUGGUAUUUGAAGCGUCAGUCUUUUUCUGUUGUAACUUAUGUAGAUACCUGACUUA